UCUAUUGAAGCUUUGAUGUUUGGAGACAUCGAUGACGAUGAGCUAAAUAACUCAAUAAAUGUGGAAUCGUUGUACGGAGGUGAGUUUAUUUUUGUAGCUCCUCGUGCAGUCACUUUAUUUAGAUUCUGGUCUACAACUGAGGAGCUCACAUCGGAAGUUUAUGCCCGUGUUCAAGAAUGGGAGAAUGCAAUGCUGCCUAUAUUGGAAGAGGAGGAAACAAGAAAAGAUUUCGAUAUUCAUGAAUACGGCGACGAAUUACUUGAUAUGUUCCACGAGGUUGGAGAAGUGAAGACCCUUGAUGAGCUGUUGGCGGGUCGCAAAAGAUAUGAGGUUAGUCGGUACUUCCUGGCUUGUCUCAUGAUGGCCAAUACACAAAAUGUACGCGUCGAGUGCGACGUUCGGGUUGACGAAAACGGGUCACGUUCAAGCAUUACGAAGGUCACCUUGCUGAAGAAGGAUCGACAUCACGAGGUGUUCGAUAGAGAAGGGGCGCUCUAG